AGCAGAAAAUUUUCUGUUUGUUUCUUUUCGGUAAUGAAGAUCCAACCGAUUGAUAUCGAUGUUAAGACGGUGAGAGAACAGGUUCGUCCUGAAUCGGCCAAGCCUCUGUUAAAAUCGCGACUGAGGCGACUUUUCGAUCGGCCGUUUCCGAGCGUUCUGAGAAGCUCUGCGGUUGAGAAACCGAUUAUUGUUGGUGAACCAGCUCAGUUUAGCAGCAAAGAUGGAGGAGGAGGGACCGAGUUCGAGCCGAGCUCGGUUUGCUUAGAUAAGAUGGUGCAGAAUUUCAUCGAGGAGAGCAACGAGAAGCAAUCGGCAGCUGUCAAGUAUGGCCGUAAUCCCUGCAAUUGCUUCAACGGCAAUAGCAAUGACAGCUCUGACGAUGAAUUCGAUGUAUUUGGAUGUUUUGGUGAAUCGAUCAACUCCGUAUCAUCCGGUGGCGAUGUAUGUGAUAUACUCAAGGGUUUAAUCCCUUGCACGAGCGUUACGGAGAGAAACCUCUUGGCAGAUACUUCGAAAAUCAUCGAAAAGCAUAACAAAAUUCAUAAACGGAAAGACGAUUUACGCAGAAUCGUAACCGAUUCCCUCUCAUCUCUUGGUUACAGCUCUUCCAUCUGCAAAUCCAAAUGGGAGAAAUCCCCCUCCUUCCCAGCUGGUGAAUACGAAUACGUGGAUGUGAUUCUGGAUGGAGAACGAUUGCUGAUAGACAUCGAUUUUAGAUCCGAAUUCGAGAUUGCUCGUUCGACGGGAACAUAUAAAGCGAUUCUUCAGACGCUACCGUACGUCUUCGUCGGGAAAUCAGAACGUCUCAGACAAAUUAUAUCCAUCGUAUCAGAAGCCGCAAGACAGAGCCUGAAGAAGAAAGGAAUGCAUUUUCCGCCAUGGAGGAAGGCCGAGUACAUGCUUGCUAAAUGGCUCUCUCCUCCGAUCAGAACCGCUGACUCUCUCCCCAACGCUCCUCCGAGGGCCGAACCCGAAGAAUCCAAAUCUCAAAUCCUAAACGACCCGCUGGCAACCGACACCGAUUGCGGUGAAUUCGAGUUGAUUUUCGGCGAGGAAUCGGUGUCGAUCGAGUCCGUAAUCAUCAGCGAUCCCGAAUCGCUAUCGCCGACGUUAAUCUCCGGCGAAAAUGAACCGGCGACGGGGAGCGAUUCUCCGUGGCAACCCCCUGCGAUCAAGCCGAAGAGAAUAGAUAAAGGAGCUAAGAUAGUCACCGGAUUAGCUUCCCUUCUCAAAGAGAAAUCUUGAGAAAGAAAAAAAAA